AUGGAUGGUAAGAAGCCCAAGAAUCUUUUGAAACACCUGCAUUUUCUUUGGCCUAAAUCGGGGAAGAAUACUGCUACCAGCCAUGAUGAUAUUACUUCAGAUUCAAGUGUUAACCAUGACCUAGAUUUGCACACUCAAAGACCAUCACAACAACUACCACAGCAGCGACCGCAACUACAACAGGCAUCUCUUCACAGUGAAAUAAUAGCUAGUGAAACAGACUCGUCUGUAUCCGUGUGUCAGUCUCCUAUUAGCAAUCUGUCACUGACGAGGGAAAACUCUCUGUCAGUCUACUCACCAAAUGGAAGCGAAUCGGAUCAAUUUCGUUAUUUGAGCGGUGAUUCCAAUAGAAACAACGGCAAUGCAUCACAGAACACACUUCUCUGUGAAAAUAUAACACCUGCAGCCCCAAUAUUAAUGCGACAUGGAAGUAUAAAAAGGCGAGACAGAAUUUCAAAAUCGAAUGAUCAAAGAACUAAGCUGAGACGUACGCAUUCGAUGUUUGCCAAUACCAAUGAGGUGAAGACCGUCACUCCAGACAUCGUACCUACAUAUAACUCUUGUCUUGAGGAGUCAAAGAUACCGAUCCACUACGAUGACAAUAGUAACGACAAUCUACCUCGGGUUUCAGUGGAAACUUUAGUGAAGAUCAUGGAUAAAGAAUACAAAGGUUUCUAUGGAAGCAUAUACAUUAUUGACUGUCGUUUUGAAUACGAGUUUCUAGGUGGACACAUAAAGGAUGCCGUUAAUAUAUCAAAACAGAAACAACUUGAGGAAGAGUUUAUUCACAAAAGGCAUGUUAGAUGCAAAGACACCAAGAAACCGCCUUUAAUCAUAUUCCAUUGCGAAUUCAGUUCUUAUAGAGGACCAAUAUUAGCAUCUCAUCUACGGACCUGCGACCGAAUCCUGAAUCACGAUAACUAUCCCAAAUUGCAUUUCCCAGAUGUCGUAAUUCUUGACGGGGGGUUCAAGACCUUUUAUGAGAAGUACCCGAACAAGUGUGAGGGAUCCUAUGUUUGCAUGCAGUCGAAGAACCACGAGGAAGAAUUAAGCGAAUUCAAACGGGACAGUAAGAAAGUGAUGACCCGUGCGAAUUCGACACAGAUUCUACUGUUGAAGAACAACAGUUUAAGGAAUUGUGCGUUCCAGACCAACUAUUACCAAAAUGACGUGAGGAACCACCCUUACAGGCGAGAAAAUUAUACCGCUUAUGAUAAUGAAAAUAAUAACGAUUAUGAGGAACAAAACAUUUCUAAUUUCAGCAUUAGCAUACCACCAAAACUGUCUUUGGACAAGUAUGGCGAGUUAUCGCCAUCGCACAGAUCAAGCUCAUCCAAAAGCAGCAGUCUCUGUUCGAGCAGCAAGUUGCUCUUUUCGAAUGAAGCAGGGACAGGACUGAAACCCAAAUUUUUGGAGAACGAUGAAUCCGACUUUGAUUCAGAUGCGUAUAGUUUCCAGUUUGGCGACGAUGACGAUGACGUGAAGCUAGGUUCUGUGUCGGGCAAGAAACAGUUGCUACCCGACUUAGUCAAUGCAGAUAGGCAUUGA